GUGUGGUCUUUUGGGCGCGCUGGGUGAACAACUAUUUGAAAGAAAAAUGGCGGAAAAGGAUUUUGAAGUUGGUCAAGACGGUUGCGGAAGUGUCGCCUUAGCUGACAGCCAGCGUGAGGCCAACCCAGGGAAACAGUCUUCGAAAAGAUGCUCUCCCACAAGUCCCGGUACAUCUCCCCCACCCAAGUCUCCCCGUACCGACAUGAUAUCACCCACAACAGAGACGCCAGAUGUGGCAAAAGGGCAACCAGACAUAGACGUCCAAGAGGUUCAGCCAGAAAAUAGUGAUGAGCAUACAGGUUCCUCUGUGAGCCCUACUGCACACAGGAAAUCCUGGAGGAGGUCUACUAUAAGCCGAAGAUCUCUCCCUGCACUUCCCAAUCCAUAUCAGGCUUUGUGUGGAAACAUAAGUACAUCCUUAUCACACCAUGAGAGGCUCGUGAAAUUAAUGGAGGCUUCGAUGAAGUUGGCAAUAGGAAGAACUCAAAAUCAGCUUCAGUCAGUGCCAGAUGCCUCAUUGGAGACUUUUCAAAAACAAGUUGAGCACAUCCAGAAAGAGUGCGGUUGCCUGGCCGAUAGCAUACACAAUGAAACACAUCAACAACCUUCUAGUGCAGCCAGAUCUAGUAACCCCGCAGUGCAAAAAGCCAUGGAGAAAUACCAAAGAGCCAUUAACAGGCUUCAGGCUGAAAGCGAAUCUUGGGAGACACUGCUGAACAAACACAGAAACAAAGCAAAGGAACUGGAAAUGAAGGUGGAGAAUGGCCAGGAGACGGGUGUAUCACUAGAGUCUAUGUCAGUGGCCCAGUCCUCACAGCACCUUUUCAUACAGAGUAAACCUGACUACCAGGCUGUCCUGUGUAAACAACAACCCCUACUUCACACCAUGUCCAUGAUUAUGGACACACAAUGUAAGAUGGUUAGAGAGCUUCUGUCCAUCAAAACACACUCUCAGUUAUUGGUGAAAGAAACUAGUGGCCGGCUGGCGGCAAAGGCUGGAUUUCAGGAUCUGUCAUCUGACGUGCUCAGGAAUCUUAUGACAGCACCUUUAUCCUCUGCAACUUCAUAAGGAAGGAAAUCAUUAGCAGUCUGGCUUCUGGUGGACUAUGGCUUUGUUUGGCUUAUAUAUUAUGCUUGUAUGUGUCUCUGUUAAUUUGACCAGUAUGUGAUUUUCUUGA